AUGCAGCCUGAGAUGGAACAAAAGAAAAAAAGCUUGAAGCAGAGAUUGGUCUUGAAGAACACUUUAGCCAGGGAAACACUCUCCGAGUUCUUGGGUACAUUUAUAAUGAUUGUCCUUGGAUGUGGUUCUGUUGCCCAAGCUGUUCUCAGUCGAGGACACUUCGGAGGAAUCAUCACUAUCAAUACUGGAUUUUCAAUGGCAGUUGGAAUGGCCAUUUAUGUGAGUGCAGGUGUCUCUGGUGGUCACAUCAACCCAGCUGUUUCUUUUGCAAUGUGUCUUUUUGGACGGAUGAAGUGGUUCAAAUUCCCCUUUUAUGUCGGGGCCCAGUUCUUGGGAGCCUUUGCAGGGGCUGCAACCCUCUUUGGCAUUUACUAUGAUGCAUUUAUGUCUUUUGCUGGUGGAAAACUGCUCAUCGUGGGAGAAAACGCAACAGCACACAUUUUCGCGACAUACCCAGCUCCGUAUCUGUCUCUGGUGAAUGCAUUUGCAGAACAAGUAGCUGCCACCAUGUUCCUCCUCAUUGUCAUCUUUGCCUUUUUUGACUCGAGAAACUUGGGAGUCCCCAGAGGCCUAGAGCCUGUUGUCAUUGGCUUCCUGAUUGUCACCAUCGCCUCCUCUCUGGGAAUGAACAGUGGCUGUGCCAUGAACCCGGCUCGAGACCUGAGUCCCAGACUUUUCACUGCUUUGGCAGGCUGGGGGUUUGAGGUGUUCACAGCUGGGAAUAACUUCUGGUGGAUCCCUGUAGUGGGCCCUUUGGUUGGUGCUGCUGCUGGAGGCCUCGUCUAUUUUCUUCUCAUUGAAAUCCACCACCCAGAUUUGAACCCAGACUUGGAGGCAGAGCAGCCAGAGGAAAAACCAGAGAAAUACGAACUGAAUUCAAUCAUGUAA